ACAGACAUGUGCUUUCUUCCCUGGAAGCCCUCAACUCUGCUGUCCUGGCUGCCAUGGACAAAACCAAGCUGCAGUACGAGAACUCCUCCAAGAUGGAGCAGUUCCUGACCCGCUUCCUGCUGCGAGAAACCGUGUCCCAGCUGCAGUCAUUGCAGACCUCCCUCGAGUGUGCCGUGGACAUCAUGGAGGAGCAGGCAGGACGGGAGAGGAAGGACGUAAAGAAAUCAGAGACCUUGACUGGCCUGCGGUCAGGAAGACGAUAUGGGCGCAGAGGGCAGAAGAACAUCUGCUUGUCCUCUGUGGACCCCUAUUCCGGCAUGCUGACAACAGGCAUUUGUGUUGAAGACAACAACGAGUGGAUGGCACAGAUUAACCGGCUCCAACAGCUUAUUGAGAAACUGGAGUGCAAGAGCCCACGCCUGGAGCCUCUGAAGGAGGAAGCAGUGAGCAAGGACAGAGAUGAUCACCUCCUCGUGGCCAAGAGGCAGAUCUCGGUGGUGAAGAGUGGCAUUGAGGAGUUUCGCCAGGCGUUCAGGUCCUACGUGGAGGUCACCGCUGCGCAGAGCAGCUGCCUACAUGUGUCCACCUGCAAGCUGACCAAUGAAGCCUGCUUCAUCCUCUACGAGUUCUGGCAGGAUGUGUCUUCAUGGAGAAGCCACUUGCAGUCCAGCCACAGCAAGACCUUCCAACGGUCCGUCAUAAGCUUGCUGGAGGCGCCAGAGCUGCUCACCACCAUGCUCUUCCCAGCUUCCUGGUGGAUCAUGAACAACAAUUAGGGGGCUUCGGGAA